AUGCUAGCCGCGAGCCGUGUGUCACCUACCGCAAAGAUCCCCCGUAUCGCCGGCCACGAAAGGGGCGCCGCCGCAGGGAUCGAGCUUCAGGAGCUGAUUCCAGCGUCCGACAAGGGCUAUGGGGAGUCGGUGAACUCCAAUGCGCACAAAAACAUGGCGUACCGUCUCCUCAAAUGGGGCGAGGUUGAGAUGCCGGAAGACUGGCAUCGCGAGUCGGCAGAAGAAGGGAAUGACCAGGAGGCACCGCGAGUCGGACACCUCAGUUUCGGGACCAUCUUGGACGACCCCCAGCCGCCGACCGAGGGAUACUUCUACGCAUGA